AUGGCCACGGCGGCUUCCAAUCCAUAUUUACCCAGCAGUGGUAUAUUAUCGUCUGGUUCGAUCGUUCACUCGGACUCCGGAGGCGGUGGCAUGCAACCGGGCAGCGCUGCAGUAACUUCGGUGUCCGGUGGGUACAGGGGAGACCCCACGGUAAAAAUGGUACAAAGUGACUUCGUGCAGGGAGCAAUGGCAGCAAGCAACGGGGGACAUAUGCUGAGCCAUGCCCAUCAGUGGGUGACGUCCCUCCCUCACGCAGCAGCCGCGGCCGCAGCUGCCGCAGUGGCCGCGGCAGAAGCCGGAUCGCCUUGGUCGUCCAGUCCGGUUGGAAUGACGGGGAGUCCGCAGCAGCAGCAGGACGUGAAAAAUAAUUCGGGCAGAGACGAUCUACACACGGGCACUGCGCUGCACCACAGGCCCCCACAUUUGGGUCCACAUCAGACUCACGCGGGGGCAUGGGGUAGCUCGACAGCCGCUCACAUCCCCUCGAUAUCCGGGGGUCAGCAGCAGCAGCAGUCCCUCAUUUACUCGCAGCCCGGUGGCUUCACGGUGAACGGCAUGCUCAGUCCACCAGGCAGCCAAAGCCUGGUGCAUCCCGGUUUGGUGCGAGGAGACACCCCGGAGCUUGAUCACGGCAGUCACCACCGCCACCACCAUCACCAGCAUCAUCAUCACCAGCAACAGCAUCACGGCGUUAACAGCCACGACCCGCACUCGGACGAAGACACGCCGACCUCAGACGAUUUGGAACACUUCGCCAAGCAGUUUAAGCAGCGGCGAAUCAAGCUGGGCUUCACGCAGGCCGACGUUGGUUUGGCAUUAGGCACGCUCUACGGAAACGUCUUCUCUCAGACGACCAUCUGCCGGUUCGAAGCGCUUCAGCUAAGCUUUAAGAACAUGUGCAAGCUGAAGCCAUUGCUGAACAAAUGGUUGGAGGAAGCGGAUUCUUCCACCGGCAGCCCGACUAGUAUCGACAAGAUAGCAGCCCAGGGAAGAAAGCGCAAGAAACGCACCUCCAUUGAAGUGAGUGUCAAAGGGGCCCUGGAGAGUCAUUUCUUAAAAUGUCCCAAACCUUCGGCCCAAGAAAUAACCACUCUAGCGGACAACUUGCAGCUGGAGAAAGAAGUGGUGAGAGUGUGGUUUUGCAAUCGGAGACAGAAAGAGAAAAGGAUGACGCCCCCAGGAGUUCCACAGACGCCGGAGGAUGUGUAUUCUCAGGUCGGCAAUGGACAUUUUUUAGUAGAUUACUUAAAAGAUGCAAGUUUAAGUGGGCCGAGCGAGCCGAGCGACCAGAGAGUGACAACUACGAAUACGUUCCAUCAGGUAAUAUUGGCUCAUUAA